CAUUUUAUUCCAAACCUUUUGCAUUUGCCUGCAGCAGAUUAAAAAAAUCUUGGGAUUCCCCCAAGCUGCAGGUGGUAGCAAAAAGAUACAAACAAGAAAACCAAACAAUAAAAAAAAAAUUAAAAUAUAAAAGAAUUAAAAAAAAAUAUUCUGCUACCAUAUAUAACUAAUUAUGGCAUCUAUUAGUUAUAUAAAAAAUAAUAAUUUAUUUAUUUUUCUGUUUUCUAUUUUAUGUUUUGUUUCUUUAAUUCCAUCAUUGAAAGCUAAUAUUGCUGAUUUUGAUCCUUAUUUGGAAAAAAAAGCCGAAGAAGCGCUUAAAUCUUCUCUUGCUGCUUAUAAUGAAAAUCCUGAAGACGUCACUCAAAGUUUCUAUAGAGAAGUUGGAGAAUCACUCCUCAAUGGCACAAGGAGGCAUUUGAAUGAAAAAGAUAAAGAAAAGCUUGCUAAAGAUGAUGAUAGUGAUGAUGUUUGCCAUGCAUACAAUCCAAUUGACAAAUGUUGGAGAUGUAACAAAGACUGGGCUAAAAACAGGAAGGCGCUGGCAGAUUGUGCCAAGGGAUUUGGCCAUGGCACAACUGGUGGUAGAGAUGGUAGAUUCUAUCUUGUCACUGAUCCCUCGGAUAACAACGUGCGGGAACCUGUUCCAGGGACUCUACGUCACGCUGUCAUCCAAGAGGAGCCAUUGUGGAUCAUCUUUGAGAAGUCGAUGAUUAUUAGGUUGAAACAAGAACUUAUGAUCAACAAUGACAAGACAAUUGAUGGCAGGGGAGUGUCUGUUCAUAUUGCAUAUGGAGCAGGACUAACCAUACAAUUUGCCCACAAUGUGAUUAUCCACAACAUUAGAGUUCAUCACAUCCUUCCUAUGUCUGGUGGUCUGAUCAGAGAUUCUAUUGACCAUAUUGGUCUUAGGACAGUUAGUGAUGGUGAUGCUAUUUCCAUUUUUGGUUCCAACCGUAUCUGGAUCGAUCAUUGUACUUUAACCAAGAGUGCCGAUGGCCUCAUCGAUGCAAUCAUGGCUUCCACCGCUAUCACCAUUUCUAACUGCAAAUUCAACCAUCAUAACGAUGUUAUGCUUUUGGGAGCAAACGAUGCCUUCCCUCAAGACAAAAUCAUGCAAGUUACAAUUGCAUUCAAUCGGUUCGGAAAGGGAUGUAUCCAGAGGAUGCCAAGGUGCAGGUGGGGAUUCUUCCAUGUUGUCAACAAUGACUACGCCAAGUGGGAAAUGUAUGCAAUUGGUGGCACAGCUAAUCCCACCAUUAUUAGCCAGGGUAACCGCUUCAAGGCUGACGACAAUCCAAACACGAAAGAGGUGACAAACCGGAAUGGCGCCCCAGAAGCUGUGUGGAGAAACUGGCAAUGGAGAUCCGAGGGCGAUUUGUUCAAGAACGGAGCCUUCUUUAGGGAGUCUGGACCAGAUAUCAAGAGAACUCCAUUUACAGAACAUACCAGCAUCAAGUCUCAGCCUGCUAAAUUUGUAGGCAGACUCACUCGCAAGGCUGGUGUAAUCAAGUGCAAGAUAGGAAAAGAAUGCUAGCCAAUUUAUAUGUACUUAGUUUUAACAAUUAUAAUAUAUAAAACAUAUUAUACAUUUCAUAUUUGGGGUUGACAUGGAGCCGAAGAUUUUUUAGGCGGGUUGUUUUACAGUUAAAAGAAGAAGGAAAUGGCUGAUCUUCUUAGUGUUUUUUUUUU